UUGUCAGUUCCCACUUUAGUUUUACCCCCCACAAAAUUCUAUUCCUUUUUUCACAACAACAAAAAAGCACCAAACCAUUUCCCAACUUCCCAGACCCAACAAAUAUUUUCCCGGAAAAUGUGAGAAACAACAAACAUUACUUCCAACCAAGACAGAAAACCCAGUGCCCAGAGAUUCUCGCUCCCUCACUUUCCCACUCUCCAAACACUAGAAUCAACCUUAGCUUACCUCCUUAAACCGUAAAUUCCCUUACUUUUCUUGUCGUUUCGUCUUCCGAUUGGUGACGAUGACGGUUCGGACUCGCCGGAACACCACCGUCGCCGUCGUCUUCGGGGUCUGACUUGGCGAUCGGAAGGAAGGAAGGAGAAUGGGGGCGUCGCUCUCGGGCCUGUCGGAGGGAGCGAACGGCGGCUCUGCCGCCGGCGGAGGUCCCGGCCUCGGGGACAUACCGGAGAGCUGCGUGGCGUGCGUGUUCCUGUACUUGACUCCGCCGGAGAUUUGCAAUCUUGCACGGCUCAACCGUGCGUUCCGUGGCGCGGCGUCGUCGGACGCCGUCUGGGAGUCGAAGCUGCCGCCGAAUUACCAAGAUCUGCUCGAUUUGGUCCCUCCCGAGAGGUACCAGAACUUGUCCAAAAAGGACAUCUUCGCGCUUCUCUCUCGCCCCGUUCCCUUCGACGGUGGCAACAAGGAAGUAUGGCUGGACAGAAUCACGGGAAGGGUUUGCAUGUCGAUAUCGGCAAGGGGGAUGGCAAUAACUGGAAUUGAAGAUCGGAGAUACUGGAAUUGGAUUCCCACUGAAGAUUCAAGGUUCCGCGUUAUUGCGUAUUUGCAGCAAAUCUGGUGGUUCGAAGUAGAUGGGGUGGUGAAGUUCCCUUUUCCUGCUGAUAUUUAUACUAUAUCUUUCAGGCUUCACCUUGGAAGGUUUGCCAAAAGGUUGGGUCGUCGUGUUUGCAGUUUUGAGCAUACUCAUGGUUGGGAGAUAAAGCCAGUACGAUUUGAAUUGUCCACUUCAGAUGGUCAGCAAGCGUCGUGCGAGUUCUGCUUAGAUAAAACCGACCACUGUGAUGUAAAUGGCAACCAUAAGCGGGGAUGCUGGAUAGAAUACAAGGUAGGAGAAUUCAUUGUCACUGGUUCAGAUCCUGCGACCGAAGUUCGAUUUUCCAUGAAGCAGAUUGAUUGUACGCAUUCCAAGGGUGGCCUCUGUGUAGAUUCCGUGUACAUUAUACCAAGUGAUCUGCUAGAGCGUAAAAGAAGAGGGAUUUUGAAGUAGCUACACUCAGUGGGAAGUUGUUGAAGAUAACAUAAGAUCGAUCUAGUCAAGAUUUACCGUAACACCUUAUACUUCUGAAAGUCCUUUGAUGUUUUAGAGGAUGCCAUCUUAUUUUGUUUUUUCUGCAGUAGGCGUGUAUCCUCUACUUUAAUGCCAUUCUUUUCUCUAUGUAUUUUGAUCAGUUUUGUUUCGUUUUAUACCUUUUGCAGAUUAACAGUCAGAACAAUUAUUAUUUGUUCGUUACUUCUGUUUUCAAGUUGUUUUCUGUAAAGCAUUUUGUAUCUUAGGAUCCUAAUGAAUACAACAAAUCUUCCCCAA